UGUCCUUAUCUUCUAUACCCAGCACCACCAACUUCUUCAUUCUUCAAUUUCAAAACUCUCUCUCUCUCUGAUCUGCCCCCACCAAGCAAGCAGCUAUCUUGAAAUUCAAGUAAGAAUUUCUCACACAAAAAGCUCUCAAUCAAUCUUCAUCAUCACAAUUCACAACACUUUUUCACUCACCCAAACAAGUAACCAAAACCCCACUUCACACGCACAGAUAAAGUUUCAAACUUUACCCCCCACCCCACUUCUUAAAAUUUCUUCCAAUAAUCUUCUUCCGUUUUAAUUUAUUAUAAUAAUCAUCAAAUCAAAUAAAAAAAAAAGCUUUUUUUUUUUUUCUUAUUAAGGAAUGUUAUGUCGUUAAGUUUCAACAACAAGAAACACCACCAACCGCUGCAAAACACCAUGCCUAUCCACCCAAUCAACGACAUUCCUUCACCGUUCGGAGAUCCUCCGUCCAAUUUACCCUCAUCGGAGCUCCGUGAAACGGCUUACGAGAUUCUCUUAGCGGCUUGCCGGAGCUCCGGCCCGAAGCCGUUGACAUUCAUAUCGCAGUCGGAGAGGGGAAAUAAGGAUCCGGCUCCGGCGGCUUCGUUGCACCGGUCGCGGACUUCGAUGGCGGCUAGUAAGGUGAAGAAAGCUCUUGGACUCAAAACGUCGUCCUUGAAGAACAAGCGUGCAGUGACGACUGGGGAAUUGGUGAGAACGCAGAUGAGAAUCUCUGAGCAGAGUGAUACUAGGAUUCGAAGAGCACUUCUCAGAAUUGCUGCUGCACAGGUUUUUGUUCAUGAAAUUAAAAUAGCUCGGAAGACGGAUGGAGUUGGUGGUUCUUCCGUUGGAGCUUAUACCACUGUUCAAGACUUCAGAUUUUUCCAGUCAACAAGAGUAUGAGGCUUGGUUGCGAAGAAAUUUGAAGGUUCUUGAAGCCGGGCUCCUCUUACAUCCGCACAUUCCAUUAAAUAAGGCAGACCCUUCCGCACAGAAACUCCGGCGCAUACUCUCUCGAGCCCUUGAGAAACCUAUGGAAAUUGCAAAUAGCGGUGAAUCAAUGCAAACCCUUCGGAGUGUUGUUAUCUCUCUUUCUUGCAGAUCAUUUGACGGGUCAGUUCCUGAGACAUGUCAUUGGGCUGACGGGUUUCCAAUGAACCUUUGGAUCUACCAAACUCUUUUAGAAGCUUGUUUUGAUACUCAUGUUGAAACAUGUGUGAUUGAAGAGGUUGAUGAGGUGUUAGAGCUCGUUAAGAAGACCUGGCUUAUGCUAGGAAUCAAUGAAACACUGCAUAAUAUUUGUUUUACAUGGGUCUUAUUUCGUAGAUAUGUUGUCACUCGAGAAGUUGAAAAUGAUCUGCUUUUUGCAUCCUGUAAUCUACUGGAGGAAGUUGAGAAAGAUACCGAGGCCAUGAAAGAUCCUAUUUACUCAAAAGCUUUGAGCUCCACGUUGAGUCUGAUGUUGGGUUGGGCAGAGAAAAGGCUCCUUGCCUACCAUGAUACUUUCCAUGACGGUAAUAUUGAAUCAAUGGAGAGCGUUGUAUCUCUUGCUGCACUAUCAGCAAAGAUACUGGCAGAAGAUAUAUCUCAUGAGUAUAAUCGGAAGAACAAAGCCGAUGUAGCUUACGCCAGAGUUGAAAAUUAUAUUAGAUUAUCACUGCGGUCUGUUUUUGUUCAGAAAUUGGAGAAAAUGGACCCUAGCAAGCAUCUAUCUAGAAAACAGAAUAAAGCUUUUCCCAUUCUUUCUGUCCUCGCACGAGACAUUACUGAACUGGCUUUCAAGGAAAAAACCAUAUUUAGUCCCAAACUAAAGAGAUGGCAUCCUCUAGCUGCCGGUGUUGCGGUUGCUACCCUUCACGUGUGUUAUGGAAAUGAGUUGAAGAAAUAUGUUAAAGGCAUCAAUGAGUUGACACCUGAUGCUAUAGAAGUGCUGAUGGCUGCGGACAAGUUGGAGAAAGAGCUGGUGCAGAUAGCAGUGGAAGAUUCUGCUGACAGUGAAGAUGGUGGAAAAUCUAUUAUAAUGGAGAUCCAUCCUUAUGAAGCUGAAGCUAUAAUUGCUAAUCUUGUUAAGUCAUGGAUAAACAUCAGAGUGGAUAGACUGGCGGAAUUGGUUGAAAGAAUUCUGCAACAAGAGGCAUGGAAUCCACAGCCAAACAAAGAGGGCUUUGCUCCUUCUGCAGUUCAAGUUCUACGUUUCAUAGAUGACACUUUGGAAGCUUUUUUCUUAUUGCCCAUAUCCAUGCAUGCAGUUUUACUUCCUGAAUUGAUAUCGGGUCUUGACAAAUCCAUCCAACAAUAUAUUUUGAAAGCAAAAUCUGGCUGUGGGAACCGUAAUACAUUCAUCCCGACUACGCCAGCACUGACUAGGUGUUCAACAAAAGGAAAAUAUCACGGUGUAUUCCGGAAAAAGGAAAAGCCACAAAUGAUUCAGAGGAGGAAAGCCCUUGUUAGUACCACAAACGGAGAUAGCUCAUUCGAUGUACCCCACCUGUGUGUUCGCAUCAAUACUAUGCAGCGUAUUCGCAUGGAAUUAGGGGUUUUGGAAAAGAGGAUAGUUGCCAAUCUUAGCAAUUCUAAUUCCACUGGUGAGAAUGAUAUAGCAAAUGGGGUGAGCUUCAAGUUUUCCGCAGCUGCUGUGGUGGAAGGUAUCCGUCAACUAUGUGAGUGUAUAGCGUACAAAGCAAUUUUCCAAGAUCUAUGUCACGUUCUUUGGGACGGCCUAUAUGUUGGAGAAGUUUCAUCCACAAGGAUUGAGCCUUUCCUUCAUGAACUUGAGCAUUAUUUAGAGAUCAUAUCAUCAACGGUGCAUGAUAAAGUUAGAACACGGGUAAUUAUUGAAGUAAUGCGGGCUUCUUUUGAUGGGUUCCUGUUGGUUUUGUUGGCGGGAGGUUCAUCUCGUGCUUUUUCUUUGCAAGAUUCUUUUGUAUUAGAGGAAGAUUUCAAGCUUCUGAGUGACUUGUUCUGGUCAAAUGGAGAUGGAUUGCCAGCCGAGUUAAUCAAAAAGCAGUCUGCAACCGUUCGAGAUGUACUUCCCUUGUUUCAAAUAGAUACACAACAAAUAAUUCAGCAAUUUAGUCAACUUACUAGGGAAAUGUAUGGUUCUUCAGCUAAAUCGCGGCUUCCAUUGCCUCCGAAAGCAGAGAAAUGGAGCCCUAGAGAACCAGACACACUUCUGCGAGUUUUGUGUUACAGGAACGAUGAAACAGCAGCCAAGUUCCUUAAAAAGAAUUACAACUUGCCUACAAAAGUCUAACAAAAGUCCUACAAAAGUCUAACCCCUUUGAUAUUUUCACGCCUUGCUACGUUAUAUAUAAAUUUAGUGGCUUCAUUUUUUCUGUUCUCAGUUUCCACUAGUAAAGCAUGAUGCUCUUAAUCAGUGGUUUGGUUAUAGGAAAUAUAGUGUGUUUUUUUUCCUUCCGGAAACUAAAUAUAUGGUGGUGCUUUAUCUUCAGUAAUGGUUAAAACUAUCUUUGUACAGGUGUGGGAUUCUUUUGCUUGCUAAUUUGUUUUGCUUGUUAAUGUUUUCAGUUAUGUGAAAUUGAAAAUGCAAUUUCUGACCUCACCGCGGUGUGGUGAUUUGGAUGCCAGAGAAUAUUUUGUUUUCUUUUCUAAUUUUAAAAUGAAUUGUUGUCUAUUUAUUA